UUAUGUUAUGUAAGUAGUGGUGGUGGUUAUGUUCUUGUAAUGUGAAUUCGGCACUACCCUGUUUCGACGUUGAAAUUUUUCGAAAUGGCUGCUAGCAGAAUCAACGUUAUGGCCAGAUCUUUCUCAUCUACAUCUGUAGCCCAGCAAAUGGUUAAGCCACCAGUCCAAGUUUUUGGAGUGGAAGGUCGCUAUGCUACUGCCCUAUAUUCUGCAGCCCAUAAACAAAAAUCUCUAGAUGUAGUUGAAAAAGAUCUAAUCAAAUUCCAAGGUCUGAUGAAAACUGAUAAAAAAUUGACAGAAUUUGUCAAGGAUCCCUCAAUUAAACGGAAAGUCAAAGCUGAAGCCUUCAGAGCUAUUUCAAAAAGCUUCAGUCCAGCUACAGUCAACCUGUUGAGCCUUAUGGCUGAAAAUGGUAGACUAGAUAAAGUUAAUCAAGUAAUUAAUGCUUUUAAAUUGAUCAUGGCAGCUGACAGAGGAGAAGUGGUUUGUGAAGUGAUUACUGCUAAGCCUUUGGAUGCUGACCUUAAAGGAAAACUGGAAGCUGCUCUAAAAUCAUCUGUAAAAUCAGGCCAAAACAUUCAGCUUACAACCAGAGUAGAUCCCAGCAUUGUUGGUGGUAUGAUUGUAUCAAUUGGUGACAAAUAUGUAGAUAUGAGUGUUGCUAGCAAAAUUAAAAAAUACACGGAUGUUCUGAAGCAAGCUGUUUAAAGUAAUAUUUCUAUUUGUAUGGCAUUUUAUUGAAUGUCAUGGCAAUGGAAAAGAAUUAAAUAAAUAGUUAUAAAAUAA